AUGCUCGAUCAUUUCGACGCGAUUCUCCAGCAGCGGAAGAGAGAGGAGAAAUUCCUCGUGCUAGGAACACCACAAUACCGUCGUGAAGACAUUCUUAAGAAUUUCCUCACCACCUUUGGUAAGUAUUUCGACAAAGGAGUGGGUGGUGAUGAUGCGGGUGAGGGGGAGGAGUUGGACAACUUGGAGCAACAUGGGCCGGUCGCUGAGGACACAGGUGCCCCGCCCGUGAUUGACGCGGAAAUAGUCGCGUUGGGGGCCAUGGUUGCUGACGGCGCACGAAUCGAUCUGGUCAAUGCGCGUCAGAGCGACACGGAUGGGGAGCCACCUGUUCCAAGGGAGAAUGCGCGCGAAAUCCUGCGUGGAAUGAGGGAGACGCAGCAGAGGGCCGCACAAGAGGAAACCCAGCGUUGCGGAUCGGAGACCCUACAGCAGAGGGAGGAGGGGGCGAGGAUGGAGGAGGAGCUUGUAGGGGCUUUACAAAAUGUGCACCUUCGGGUCGAGAAUGAUGAACAUGAGGAGGGGCAGGGUUUGGAAAUGAGGCAGGGGAGUCUGAAUGUCGUUGGAGGCUUGGAGGAAGAGGUGCAGAUGGCGGAACGCAACAAUACGGUGGUGUAUCAGAGGCGGGAGGCACGAACAAAGAAGAUGUUUGGGGAAGGACGCGAGGAGGAGGAGGCGAAUCAGAGGGAGGAACAGAAGCGUAUGAGGCUCGAGGACGAAGAGGGGAAGAGGGAGGAGGAUAGGCGGGCGAGGGAGAAGGAUGAGCGGGAGCGGAUGAGGCAGGAGUCCGAGGAGCGAGAGGCGCGCGAAAAGGAGGCGAGGGAGGAGGAUGAUUUGGAUCGGAAGAGGCUCGAGUCCGAGGAGCGAGAGGCGCGCGAAAAGGAGGCGAGGGAGAAGGAGGAGGUUGAGCGGAAGAGGGUGGAGUCCAAGGAGCGAGAGGCGCGCGAAAAGGAGGCGAGGGAGAAGGAGGAGCGGGAGCGGAGGAGGCUGGAGUCCGUGGAGCGAGAUGCGCGCGAAAAGGAGACGAGGGAAAAGGAGGAGCGGGAGCGGAAGAGGGUGGAGUCCGUGGAGCGAGAGGCGCGCGAAAAGGAGGCGAGGGAGAAGGAGGAGCGGGAGCGGAAGAGGGUGGAGUCCGAGGAGCGAGAGGCGCGCGAAAAGGAGACGAGGGAGAAGGAGGAGCGGGAGCGGAAGAGGGUGGAGUCGGAGGAGCGAGAGGCGCGCGAAAAGGAGACGAGGGAGAAGGAGGAGCGGGAGCGGAAGAGGGUGGAGUCGGAGGAGCGAGAGGCGCGCGAAAAGGAGGCGAGGGAGAAGGAGGAGCGGGAGCGGAAGAGGGUGGAGUCCGAGGAGCGAGAGGCGCGCGAAAAGGAGACGAGGGAGAAGGAGGAGCGGGAGCGGAAGAGGGUGGAGUCCGAGGAGCGAGAGGCGCGCGAAAAGGAGACGAGGGAGAAGGAGGAGCAGGAGCGGAAGAGGGUGGAGUCCGAGGAGCGAGAGGCGCGCGAAAAGGAGGCGAGGGAGAAGGAGGAGCGGGAGCUGAAGAGGGUGGAGUCCGAGGAGCGAGAGGCGCGCGAAAAGGAGACGAGGGAGAAGGAGGAGCGGGAGCGGAAGAGGGUGGAGUCCAAGGAGCGAGAGGCGCGCGAAAAGGAGACGAGGGAGAAGGAGGAGCGGGAGCGGUUGAGGGUGGAGUCCGUGGAGCGAGAGGCGCGCGAAAAGGAGGCGAGGGAGAAGGUUGAGCGGGAGCGGAAGAGGGUGGAGUCCCAGGAGCGAGAGGCGCGCGAAAAGGAGACGAGGGAGAAGGAGGAGCGGGAGCGGAAGAGGGUGGAGUCCGUGGAGCGAGAGGCGCGCGAAAGGGAUAAGCGGCAGGAGGAAGAGAGGAAAAGGAGGCUAGAGGAUGGGAGGCGGGUGGGCCGCGAAAGAGAGGAGGCGCGUCAGAAGCAGGAACGGGAACGGAAGAGAACCGAAAGCGAACGCCGAAGGAAUGAGCUGCAAAGGCUCGAGCGCGAAAAACAAGUGGCACGACAGAUGGAGGAAGACGGUGAGCAGCACGGUCCGGAGCGCCAGAGGGAUCGACGGGAAGAGCAUGACCGGCGAGAAAUGGGGGGCGCUCCGCAAAGGAACGAACGGCAGAGAGAGGUUGCUGGGUUGGGUGAACAAGGUGCAGGAGGGCAGCGGCGUGGGGAUGGAACUCGUCACACGAGCCAGGGCCAGAGGGGCGCGAGGGUCUUUCAAACGCAAGCAGGGCGGGGCUCAGAGGAAGGAGCUCGACAAGUGGUGGUUGGCGCCCAGCCAACCGAGGCGCAGCAGGGGACGACGGUUCGUCGGGCAGCGGAUGCGAGGCAGGUGGGAGGACGGGUGGAGGAGGCGCUGGAGAGUGCGGCGAGUGCGCUCCCUAUGCAGAGGCGCCAUCCACGUGCGGCAGUGAAUCCUGCUGCGGUGCAGGCAGAGGAAUUAGAGGAGGGUGAAUGGGUGGCUGUGGAGACGCAACUGCAGGGACUGGAGAAUGCGGGGCCCCAGGUUUUCGAGGAGACAGAAGGAGGAUUUGAGGAGACCGGUGACCGCAUCGCAGCGGGCGGCGGGGUGCAUACUACGCCAGAGUUAAUGCGGCGUCUGACGGUGGUGGCGAGGAACGUUGCCAGGAUUUCGUCCGAGCAAACUGUUCGCUUCAGCGACUGCAUGGCCGAGAUUCGCCAGUUUGGUUCGCAGAUGCAGGGAUGGGACUUGCGCUACUUGCAGGACUACGAUGACCUAACGCACGAGUACCACGUGCGAAAGGAUUCAGUGGUCCGGGAGCGCGAAGAGCUCGUCCAAUUGCGUACUGCACUUUCGACUGCAACAACCGAUGCACGAGCGGCAGCAGCUGAUGCAGGUCGAGCAGCUGCUGCAGCGGUUGUGGGAACAUUGGAGGAAACGUUUGCAGGGUUUUUUGACACGGUUGUGGAGAGGCUCAAGGGUGUGGUGGAGCAGGCGAUGGAGGCAGCGUCGAAAGGGGGGAACCUGGAAGCCACUAUGGCGCCCGAGUCCGUGAAUCACCUAGAAAAGGCAUUCGAAGAUAGUGUAUACACGGUGUGGGUGGAUCUCAAAACGUCUGACGACGCAAACAAACAGACCUUCAAGGCCAUUCAGAAGGCUCUGGCAGGAUUGGCAGCUAAACUGAAAAGGCCUACCGGACCUAACCGGGUCGAGAUUCCACCUGCUACAAGGGCAGAGGCCACACCUCGAAUUUCGCGCGCGCUGCUCGAGUCAGAUUCUCCGGAUAUCCCUAUCUCAGCGGCACAAGAAGUCAUGGAAAGGUUUGCCGUAAACUCGGAUGGUGAGGCAAAUGAGGAGGGUGAGGCGGGCGCUGGUGUGGCGGAUCUCGACUUGUCUGGUCCAGUGAGUACAAACUGGAGAGCGUCGUUGGCCGCGAAGGAGUUGCAGAGAGAAAAGGAGAAGGAGAGUGCGGAGAGAAAGGCGGCCGAGCUUCGGAAGCGGACUGCAAUUCAGAGGGCGCAUGCGACCGCUGCAGAGAAGACGCGGGCUGGGAUUGUUGGUAGCAGCGAAAGAGCGGCUGAACACCGAGCGGCGAAUACCGCCGCAGAGCCAAGAGAGACGCGUGAAGAGCGAGCAGCUGCAUUCGAAAAGAGGCGGAAAGAGGAUGAACAGGCGAAGGAGGCCGAGCGGGCCGAGAGAGAGGCGGAGGAAAAACGCAAAAAGGCGGAGGAUGAUAAGAGGCUACGGGAGGAGCAGACAAAGGAGGCAGAGCAGGCCGAGAGAGCGGCGGAGGAAAAACGCAAAAAGGCGGAGGAUAAUAAGAGGCUGCGGGAGGAGCAGGCGAAGGAGGCAGAGCGGGCCAAGAGAGCGGCGGAGGAAAAACGCAAAAAGGCGGAGGAUGAUAAGAGGCUGCGGGAGGAGCAGGCGAAGGAGGCAGAACGGGCCAAGAGAGCGGCGGAGGAAAAACGCAAAAAGGCGGAGGAUGAUAAGAGGCUGCGGGAGGAGCAGGCGAAGGAGGCAGAGCGGGCCAAGAGAGCGGCGGAGGAAAAACGCAAAAAGGCGGAGGAAGAUAAGAGGCUGCGGGAGGAGCAGGCAAAGGCAUUGAAGGUUGCUGAAGAGAAGCGGGCGGAGGCUCUAAAGCGGCAAAUGGAGCUCUAG